ACUCUCUAAAUGACAUCGGGCACACACACCGCAGAAAACACCGUCCAACCCAAGCAACAAUCGAUAAAAGAGAAGAAUAAUCACGCCCAUAGGUUCGCGCACUUGCACAUUGAAUACUCAGCCUUUCAUACAGCACGCAUCGUCAACUCUGCGACUGAUUAAUAUCAUAGCGAAACCGAACACAUACGCCGAAAGCGUUUUAAUCUGCAAAUAUGUCCAUCGUCGACCGAAUCAAAGCCAUCGAAGAUGACAUGGCCCGCACCCAAAAGAAUAAGGCAACGUCGCAGCAUUUGGGUCUUUUAAAAGCGAAGGUUGCGAAGUUAAAGCGUGAGUUGAUUGAAGGUCCAAAAGGUUCAGGUGGUGGUGGCAAAGGGGAAGGAUUCGAUGUUGCUAAAUCUGGUGAUGCUAGGAUUGGAUUUAUCGGUUUUCCGUCAGUAGGGAAGUCUACGUUACUGUCCAAUCUGGCGGGAGUACAUUCAGAAGUGGCGGCGUAUGAAUUCACAACUCUAACGACAGUUCCUGGUCAGAUUAGUUAUAAGGGUGCCAAGAUCCAGCUGCUGGAUUUACCUGGUAUUAUCGAGGGAGCGAAGGAUGGCAAGGGUAGAGGACGUCAAGUUAUUGCAGUUGCGCGUACCUGCUCACUGAUCUACAUUGUGCUGGACUGCAUGAAGCCUCUGGGACACAAAAGGAUCAUCGAGGCAGAAGUCGAAGGCUUCGGUAUUCGCCUCAACAAGAAGCCGCCCCAGUUGGUGCUGAAGAAGAAAGACAAAGGAGGCAUCAACUUCGUGGCACAUUGUCCGGUCACACACUUGGACGCUGAGACCGUCACAAGUGUGCUGAAAGAAUACAAAAUCCUGAGCGCCGAUGUGCGUUUGAUGGAGGAUUGCACUGUCGAUGAUCUGAUUGACGUGAUCGAAGGCAACCGUGUGUACAUCCCGGCCGUUUACGUGCUGAAUAAGAUAGAUCAGAUCUCAAUAGAAGAGCUAGACAUCAUCUGCAAAACCCCGCACUGUGUUCCCAUCUCUGCACAUCACCGAUGGAACUACGAUGGAUUACUACAACUAACCUGGAAGUACUUGGACCUGGUACGGGUAUUCACGAAGCCCAAGGGCCAGCUACCCGACUACGAUCAACCCGUGGUGUUGCAACGAGAGAAACGGACUGUCGAAAACUUCUGUAUGAAGAUCCACAGGGCUCUGCUCACCGACUUCAAACACGCUCUGGUUUGGGGCCAAUCAGUCAAGCACAAUCCACAACGGGUGGGCAAAGACCACGUGCUCGAGGAUGAAGACGUGGUACAGAUUAUCAAGAAGGUUAAAUAAAUACGAUGCAGUGCACAGCGUGAUUUGAUUUUAGGGCAAGACUCGAAGUGUCGCGAAGGGGAUGAUUCGCAUAGAUUUGGCGACACACUGAGUUUAGGUAUCAGCUUCACACAGAAGAAUGAUGCCAGAUAUUGUUCGUACGAAAUGAUUGAUGUUUUCUGCAGGGAUACUUGGUGUCACAAGCACAUUCCCAAAUCGAGGUAGAGUCAUAUUUAGGCAUUGGAGAAGCUCACAGUAGUAGUUUGUGAAUGCAUGUGCAACUCAAAAUAGCUGUCGGUCUUUUACACCAAUAUGAAGAAUCCCGCAGAUUUGCCACAUCCUCGCUGUAACAUGCACUUCCGAGUUGGGAUAGUACUGAUCGCGUUAUCAAUUAGUAUUACUGGCAGAACUCAACUUCCACUAUACUCGCGCCAGUCUAGCUUCAAACAACGCAUUUGAUUGUUGUUCACUCCCACCAUAGCCACAAGUAAAUAUUCUCAGGUGAGGUUCUUCUACCACAACCACUACGUCGAGUAUCGUGCUUCCUCUUUGGUAUUCAGAAAUGCAUGAGUAUACGACAGAUAAGCGUUGAUCGACAAGACGGUUUCCUAAGAAAUGCAUGAGUAUACGGCAGAUUAACAUUGAUCGACUAGACGGUCGCCUAAGAAAUGCAUGAGUAUACGGCAGAUACACAUUGAUCGAUGGUGUACUCUACUCCCACGACAAGUGGAUAUACGCGAAUUAACAGUCGUCAGCGCGAGAAAGCCGUACCAACAUACAACUUUGCUGAAUAGAAUACACCAAAAUCACAC